AUGGGCUCGCCAUCAGAAGAUUCGUUCACCGAAAUUUACCGAAGAUUUUUUUCACUCGAAGAAAUCGCAGAAGAGGAAGAAGCUGUUACGAGUGCAUGUGCCCUUGCGAUUCAAGCCAUGCAACACGUUAGUCGUUCUCCUCCACGCCCCAUUUUGAGGCACACUUUUAUUUUGCGAGACCAUGAAGCCGCAAACAAGCGUUUGAUGAAAGGGUAUUUUGAUCCGACACCAGUUCACGUCCCCGAUGUUUUUAGGCAGCGGUUUAGGAUGAGCCAAAGGUUAUUUUUUCGCAUUAAUGACGAUUUGGAAGCUAAGUAUGACUACUUCAAGCAAAGAAUGGAUGCGAGAGGAUAUCUAGGAUUCACCUCAAUUCAAAAGGUAACUUCUACCUUACGUAUACUCGCCUAUGGAAACACUUACGACAUCAACAACGAGUAUUUGAAGAUUGGUGAGAAAACAACACGUGAUACCGCGGAACAUUUCUGCUUAGGUAUAUGCCAGUUAUAUGAAAAACGUUACUUGAGAAAUCCAACUUGGAACGACCUUCAACAAAUAUACGAGGUGCAUUUAGAAAAACAUGGAAUACCCGACAUAAUUGAGGGUUACGUUUCUGGCACGAUACCGAAAGCCGGUUUCCAUGCAAGCGGGAAUGACUACAAGCAUGGAUACUAUUUGGGCGAUGGUAUAUACUGGGAGCAUUCGAAUAGUGUGAAAACGUUUUCUGAAAUGCUCGAUGUGAAAAGGCAAUAUUUUAAAAAACUACAAGAGUCUUCACAAAAGGACAUCGAGAGGUGUUUCAGGGUUCUUCAACAACGAUGGCAAUUUAUUAGAAAUCCUUGUCGUAUGUGGGAUAAGGAAAAAAUUCGAAUGGUCAUGUAUGCUUGUAUCAUAAUGCGUAAUAUGAUUAUAGAAGACGAUGGAAAAGCAAUAUGCCAAAACUAUUUUCCAGAAGAUGUCGUUGAAGGAACGCAAGCAACAAUGGAAGAGAGAAUCUUAAAUAUGCAACUAUUGCGAUCUAAGGAAAUACAUAACACGUUAAAGGCAGAUUUGGUCGAGCAUGCUUGGGCGAUUCGCCCAAUUCGACACGAUGGCGACAUCAAACAAGACUACGAGGAAGAAGAAGAAGUAGAAGAAUUCGAAGCUGGGAACUUUGCAAACGGAGGUUUGGAUGAUGGAGAAAAUGAAGAGGAAGAAGGAGAGAACGAUGAUGAAGACGAAGAUUAA